AUGGUCCGCCAAACAACCUGGCUACUGCCUCUCCUGCUGCUCCAGGCCCUCCCCUUCGCCGUGACGCGUCCUACAGCCGUGAAUGUAGACGUGCAAGUGCCCGAUGCAGACGCCUGUGCCGAUGGUCAGGACUGCACUAUGAACCUCCACGGCGGGAAGGAUGACGAUGACAAUAACGAUAUCACAGACCAAGUCCGUCAUAAACAUCAUCAUAAAGACCAGGGUGAUGAUGAUGGCGACGAUGACUGGGAUAGUGAUAGCGACAGUGACUCCGACGAUGAUUCCGACGAUGAUUCCGACGAUGAUUCCGACGAUGAUUCCGACGAUGAUUCUGACUCUGAUUCUGAUUCUGAUGAUGAUGAUGAUGAUGAUGAUGAUGAUGAUGAUGAUGACGAAGAUGAUCACCACCACGGCAACGGCUGCGACAACAACAACAACGACAACGACGUGCAGACCAUCACCAUCACGACCAUCGAGCCGGGCCCAACCCAAGUAAUCACGGUUACCACCACCGAAUCAAACACAGCCGGCCUCAUCCCACCACCAACCGACUGUCCAGCCACAGCAACAGAAACAGCGACAGCGACAACAACAGAAACAGCAACAGUCUCAAUCCCCGGCCCAGCCAUCACCGAGACCACAACCGCAACAGCAACAGUGACAGAAACCGAAUCAGAUGUCAUCACUGCCACUAUCACCGAUACAUCGACUAUCACUCCACCCCCGGUGACCACCACACACACAGCGAUAUCCACAACGACAGAUACCGUCCCCUUCACCAUCAUACACACAGACUCGAUCACUAUUCCCGGACCGACUAUUACCGAGACGGAUGUUUGGACUGCUACUGCUACUAUUACUGAGACGGAUACGGAUACUGUGACUCUCCCUGCCUCAACAGUGACUGCCACAGCAACAGUCACCACAACAGACACAUCAACCUGCCCCACCGAUACCCCCAGCGGCGACGGCGACGGCGACGACGGCGACGACAACAACAACACCUCCAGUGGUAACGACUACGGGCAAUGUUCCGACCCGAGCAUCUCAUACCAAUACGGGUUAGACUGGAGGACAGAAUGGAGUUUCAUCACGAACAACCAAGUGGAUUUCGAGCACGGGAGUUCCACGACCAUCGAUACGUUGAUGAACUUUGUGUGUAAUCGGUUGAUUAGUCCGUGUAAUGCGCCGCAGGAGACCGUUGAUACGUGCUAUGCGGCGGAGGAUGAGGUGAAUAGUAGUGGGCUUGUUGGGGAGGAUGCGGCGGAUUUGUGGAAUGAGUUGAUGGCUUAAUCUAUUUCAUUCUUUGGUUUAUCCAUCUAUUAGGAGGAAUGAUGAG